UUCUUUUGUGUUCCAUUAUUUUGUAGAAAAAAGGCGCUCGCGUGUGUACGCCUUUGCUAUACAUCCGGAAUAAGUAGACGAGGCGGAUUGUGGGAAAAGAUAGCGAAUAAGAGCCAGAUAGAUAUGGAUGGGCAAAGUGAAAGAGCGCUUGCGCUAGAUCAAAAGAAGGCGGCAGGCUUCAUUGAUCGUGCAGCAGCACAGUCAGUCGAGUCCUCUUUCCGCUUUUGCUCCGCUGUGAGGUCUCGUUCUUUUUUUUUUUUUCUUUUUUUUUUCUUGCCUCUCUCCGCACAGCCUCCUCCCUUUUUCUUCCAAUAUAUUGUCCAGACGAGAGCUGAUUACCCUUUGCCUAUUCUGCCCCUUUUCCCUCAAGCAUCACGUUAUCCGUCCUCUUCGGCUUCUUCUAGCAUUUGCGCCACCUUUUUUUUUAGUAUUCUUGACGGCAUUUCCCUGAUAUGAGCUGAUUCAACUCUCUUUUCUUGUCUUCACCUUCCAGAAAAAAAAAAAUGUACACACUUGGGUGACCUCCUCGCUGACUGGGCGUUUUUUCUUUUGCCACGCGGACAGUGGUGGUGUUCGAGCAUCUCUACGAUAGCAUCCACCAGUCGUCGAAGGGAUAGCCAAUCGACCAGACCGGUCUGUGACGUACUUUCUUGGUACUAUUCACAUUGGGGAGUAUUGUUUUGGAUCAGUAUAGCGACCGUAAGCGAAAAGAGAAUGUCGUCGAGAUGAAGAAAAGUUUCUUUUGCGCCAUGAAACCGGAUUGAGCUACUGAGUGCGCGCCUCAUCAGAAAUCGAUCCUCUACCAUCCGGAAGAUUGGGUUGAAAGGAAAAAGAAGAUCCAUAGCCGCCCCGCAUCAUCUUUUUGUGUGCGCACUCUUUCUCGCUCUCUUCUUUAUGUGGAUGUGCAUUACUCGUUCGAUCAACUGUGAAAGGAGGGGAUGAUCUAACAGGAGGCAGAGCCAUCGAGCUCGGUGAGGAUGAAGAAGCAGAAUGUUCGUACUCUCUCACUAAUCGUCUGCACCUUCACCUACCUGCUGAUCGGCGCCGCCAUCUUCGACGCCUUGGAAUCUGAUAACGAAGCCAAAAACGCACAAGUUCUAAGAGAAAUGGAAAACAUGAUUAAAGAAAGGUAUGGCAUCGUGGAUCGAGAUUAUAGGCUAAUGGAGGUUAUGGUGUUGAAAGGAGCUCCUCAUUACGCCGGCAAACAAUGGAAAUUCGCCGGUGCCUUCUAUUACGCCACGACAGUCUUAACGACUAUAGGUUACGGACAUUCGACACCUCACACGAUCGGCGGCAAACUCUUCACCAUGGCCUACGCCCUCGUUGGCAUUCCGUUAGGCCUAGUCAUGUUCCAGAGUAUCGGCGAGCGGCUCAACAACUUCUCAUCUUUCGUUAUACGCAAUGUUAAACGCGUCCUCAAGUACGACAGCAUCGAAGCCUCCGAGACCAACCUAAUCCUCGUCGUUGCGGCAAUCACGACGAUCACGAUAUCGGGUGGAGCGGCGGCUUUCUCCAAGUACGAAGGCUGGACGUACUUUGAUUCGAUUUACUACUGCUUCGUGACGUUGACGACCAUCGGCUUCGGUGACAUGGUUGCGCUCCAGCAGGAUAACGCCUUGACUGACAAGCCGGAAUACGUCGCUUUCGUUCUCAUUUUCAUCCUAUUCGGUUUGGCUAUCGUGGCCGCUUGCCUCAAUCUGCUCGUCCUACGACUAGUCACGCUCAACACCGAAGAUGAACGAAGGGACGAAGCCGCGGCUGUUAAGGCGGCGCAGGGAGCUGUCCGUCUUGAAGGAGAUGUGAUCACUGCAAAUGGAUCGAUUUUGUCCGGUCAAAUCCCACGAGAACACGGCGGCGUUGGUCUGGCCGGUUCACUCAUCGAUCUAGAAGAUUCGAAAUCAGUAUGCAGCUGUUCGUGCCAAGUGGCACACAAUCACUGCUUCCCUUGCCUGUCGUUGGUUGCCCGAGGCAAACGAAACAAGGGCCGUAAGAGCCGAAAGUCUGGCGCAACUGUCUGUGCGGAUUAUUCGUGCGGCCCAAGUCCCGCUUCAAUGGUCGGACGAAGUUACGGAGCAUUAAGCAACACGGGUACCUACAGUGCUGCUAGUUUAGGCAUUUGUGACGACACCAUUUUUCUCGAACGUUACACUCCGGCUAGUGGUGUAGGCGAUGGCAUAGACCCAGAGACCGGCCAUCAGGGAGAGUAUUACGAGCUCCAAAAUGCCGAGUCGUUAGUGUCUGCCCGUCUACGUUCUGGUGUUAUUUAUGCGUCAUCUACCAGAUCCUCCAUGACGGCGACUUCACCCUCUCGACUGUAUCCGACGCUGAGAAGCACAGCCAGUGGCGUGGAGAGUCCCACACCUGAUCGAGUGCUUACUCGACGUCGCCGUGCAGGAGGACCAACAAUUAAUCUCAGUUUACGUGGAUUAAUUCGACGACUACGUCAUUUCCGUCGACGGGUGAUGAGUACCUUGCAACAUGGCCGUCCUACCGCUCGCCAACGGGUGUCUCAAGCCCGCUCACGCAAAUCAUCUCUAGCAGCAGCUAAGCAGCGAAGUUGCGUCGUUCAAUCCCCUGCUAAUCUUUUGGCAUCAGUUUCCAGUGCCGGACCACCACCCAUUAAUAUGGCUGGACCGGCUCCUUCUACCGAAGAUUCCAUCGAUUGCUUCGUCGAUGUACCCCUCAAUGACAACACGUUUUUGACUUGGUCAUCGUCCGUUCUUGCCGAAAAACGAGCUUCGUAUUGAAAAAUGUUGUGCAAGAUAACCAAACGAGAACAGUGAAGACUGAAAGAAAAAGGCUUUAUCAACCAAGUGAAGGGCAUACAAAAAAGGAAAAUUUAAUAAAGAAAAAAGCCAAAAAAGUCAGCCGUGAGCAGUUUCCGCUAAUAGUUUACAUUUAUUCAUCAUUUUUCGCUAAUUUCCGUUCUAGAUUUCAUUUCCAAGUGUUUUAUAAUGUGUUUUUUGCAUCCCGCAACCGAAUCCUUUACCUAAUGCAAUUCUUUUAUUCGAUAUCUUGCGGUCAGACUAUACUUCCAUUUUGUACAGAAAUGUUUUUUGUUUCGUAAAUUACGAAAUUGUUUGACUACUUCUCACUGAGCGUUUCAAAAUGUCAAAUACAAUCAAGGAGGAAUU